GCAGGCUUGCUCGGUGAGCUCAUCCCGGGGCGCAGAGGAAGGAGCGAGCUGCUGCAGCAGCUCCUGCACGCAGAAGAGAAGCGGCCGGAGCAACUUUGUUAGGUGAAACGUCUAGAUAUACCAUGCUUAGGUGCUGAAAAAAAGGAAUAUCAACUGUAAAAUGAUGUGAUUAAAGCAAUAUAUUUGAAGAUAUAAAUGGUCACUGUGUGCAGAGGAUAUUGUUUCUGUUCAUGGAGUUUGUUUGCUAAUUAAGGGUCUUAUUUUUCAAGUCCUUCUAUGAAUGAUGAGCCUUUAUAAAAUCAAAUUGCUAAGCCUGCCUGCCUGAGCAUAUCAGCAUUUUCUUGGACAGUGUUCAGAACUGAAGAGAAAGGGUGAAUCUUCUUGAAGGUCCUCUGCUGUUGGAUAGGGGCUUCCAAUGAUUACUAAUAGAGUUUAGGUGAUAUCAGAUAGCCACAUGCAAGUAUUGAAGUUCAGAUCAUCUGCCCCAUCAGGUUUAAAGCGAAUAUUGAAGCUUUGGCCCCCACUAUUUUUGUAUGUGUGGAAGAUGACUGCUUGAUAAAAUGGGUGACUUUCAAUUCCAAAGAAGUGAAAAUGACUGAAGAACAGCAUCUUUAGACUAUUUGCCACUAAAUUAAAUGAUCACAACUGGGAUCUCAUGCACCCCUUAUAUUUUCUGGAGGAUCUUCUCCAGAAGAGAGUUUUACAUUUAAAAGGAGGACAUGAGUGUAUUUUCCUUUGGAGCUUACUAAGACUAAACACACUUUCCAAUAAUGACCAGCUUGAAACGGUCCCAGACUGAAAGGGCUGUUGCCACCGGAAUAUCAGAUGUUGCCCCCAAAGUACAUUCAGAUGACUUUUAUAUGAGGCGCUUUAGAUCACAGAAUGGUAGCUUGGGAUCUUCAGGAAUGGCUCCAGUAGGCCCUCCACGCAAUGAAGGAUCACAUCAUCUUACUUCUACUCCUGGAGUUCCUAAAAUGGGAGUUAGAGCAAGGAUUGCAGACUGGCCCCCAAGGAAGGAGAAUGUCAAAGAAAACAGUAGAUCAAGUCAAGAAAUGGAUACAUCGAACUGUCUGGAUAGUAUGUCCUCAAAAAGUAGUCCAGGGAGUCAGGGAAGUUCUAUUAACUUAAACAGUAGUGAUUCUGUCAUGUUGAAGAGUAUUCAAAACACACUUAAAAACAAAGCAAGACAAUCUGACAACUUAGAUUCUAGAUUUCUUACACCUGAUGGUUACCACAGCUCCCCAAGAAAAGCUCUUCGUAGAAUAAGACAGCGUAGUAAUAGUGACAUCACUCUAAGUGAGCUUGAUGUAGAUAGUUAUGAUGAAUGUAUCUCACCCAGUUACAAAUCGGGACCAUCACUGCACAGAGAAUAUGGCAGCACCUCCUCAAUAGAUAAGCAAGGUACCUCAGGGGAAAGUUUUUUUGACUUGUUAAAAGGUUAUAAAGAUGAUAAGUCUGAUCAAAGACGUCCAGCCUCCAGCAAAUUUAGUGAACUCCUUAUAGCUAGUGGAAGUAAAGGUUCGGGAUUUUCUUUGGAUGUGAUAGAUGGACCCAUUUCUCAAAGGGAGAACCUUCGAUUAUUUAAAGAAAGGGAGAAACCACUGAAGAGGCGUUCAAAAUCAGAGACCGGAGAUUCUUCUAUUUUUCGCAAGCUGCGUAAUGCCAAAGGUGAAGGAGAUCUCGGAAAGACUUCAGAUCUAGAAGACAGCAGAUCAGAGGAUAGUGUCAAGCCUUGGACUUGCCCCAAAUGUUUUGCUCAUUAUGAUGUCCAGAGUAUAUUAUUUGAUUUAAACGAAGUGGCAGUUAACCGGCAUAAUGUUAUAAAAAGAAGGAACACAACUACUGGAGCUUCUGCUGCUGCGGUUGCAUCGUUAGCUUCUGGACCGUUGUCCCAUUCUGCAAGUUUUAAUUCCCCUAUGGGUAGUACAGAAGAACUGAAUUCUAAAGGAAAUUUAAAUGUGGACCAGGGAGAUGAUAAAAGCAAUGAUCUUGUAUUGAGUUGUCCAUAUUUUCGUAAUGAGAUCGGUGGAGAAGGAGAAAGAAAUAUCAGCCUCACCAAAUCUAACUCUGGAUCCUUUAGUGGCUGUGAAAGUGCCUCUUUUGAGUCUACUCUUAGCUCUCAUUGCACAAAUGCGGGAGUGGCUGUACUUGAAGUACCCAAAGAAAAUCUGGUGUUACACCUGGACAGAGCCAAGAGGUACAUUGUUGAACAUGUGGAUCUUGGUGCAUAUUACUAUCGGAAAUUCUUCUAUCAGAAAGAACACUGGAACUACUUUGGGGCAGAUGAAAACCUUGGUCCCGUAGCUGUCAGCAUCAGAAGAGAAAAACCUGAGGAAAUAAAAGAAAAUGGUUCCCAGUACAAUUACCGCAUUAUUUUCAGAACUAGUGAGCUUACAACACUAAGGGGUACUGUCUUGGAAGAUGCAAUACCUUCAACUGCAAAGCAUUGCACAGCCAGGGGGUUGCCCUUGAAAGAAGUCCUAGAACAUGUGGUUCCUGAAUUAAAUAUACAUUGCCUCAGGUUGGCUUUCAAUACCCCUAAAGUCACAGAGCAGCUUAUGAAACUCGAUGAACAAGGGUUAAGCUAUCAGCUGAAAGUGGGAAUCAUGUACUGCAAGUCUGGGCAAAGCACAGAAGAGGAAAUGUACAAUAAUGAAUCAGCAGGCCCAGCCUUUGAAGAAUUUCUUCAGUUGCUGGGAGAACGGGUUCGACUUAAAGGAUUUGAAAAGUAUCGUGCCCAGCUAGACACAAAGACUGAUUCAACUGGUACGCACUCUCUUUAUACAACGUAUAAAGAGUAUGAAAUCAUGUUUCAUGUUUCUACAAUGUUACCAUAUACACCCAACAACAAACAACAGCUGUUAAGAAAACGACACAUUGGGAAUGAUAUCGUGACAAUAGUUUUCCAAGAACCUGGAGCCGAAUCAUUUAGCCCAAAGAAUAUUCGUUCUCACUUUCAACACGUCUUUGUCAUUGUCCGAGUGCACAAUCCUUGUACUGACAACGUUUGUUACAGUGUUGCUGUGACAAGAUCAAGAGAUGUGCCCUCAUUUGGACCUCCAAUUCCUAAAGGCAUCACCUUUCCUAAAUCAAAUGUAUUCAGGGACUUCUUACUGGCCAAAGUGAUCAAUGCUGAGAAUGCAGCUCAUAAAUCAGAAAAAUUCCGUGCUAUGGCUACUAGAACCCGUCAGGAAUACUUGAAAGAUUUGGCAGAAAAGAAUGUGACAAAUACACCCAUUGAUCCUUCUGGCAAAUUCCCUUUCAUCUCACUUGCUUCUAAGAAGAAGGAGAAAUCCAAACCCCAUCCAGGAAUAGAAUUGCAUAGUUCUGGCGCUGUUGUGUGGAUUCUCCAUGCUAAAGAUUAUAGCAAGGGUUUAGAUAUAGAUUGUCUUUUGGGCAUUUCUAAUGAAUUUGUUGUUGUAAUUGAACAAGAUACGAAAAGUGUUGUAUUCAAUUGUUCCUGCCGCGAUGUAAUAGGGUGGACUUCAACAGAUACAAGCGUCAAAAUUUUCUAUGAAAGAGGAGAAUGCAUUUCUGUGGAAAGUUUCAAAAACCCUGAAGAUAUCAAAGAGAUUGUCAAAAGACUAGAGCUCGUGACCAAGGGAUGUGAGUCAGUGGAGAUGACUUUACGACGGAAUGGAUUGGGUCAGCUUGGCUUCCAUGUGAAUUAUGAAGGAAUCGUGGCAGAUGUUGAACCAUAUGGCUAUGCUUGGCAAGCAGGAUUACGGCAAGGCAGCAGAUUAGUGGAAAUUUGCACUGUGGCUGUCGCUACUCUAAGCCACGAGCAAAUGAUUGAUCUCCUGAGAACUUCAGUUACUGUGAAGGUUGUCAUUAUCCCACCUCAUGAAGAUUGUACUCCACGAAGAAGUUUUUCAGAAAUUCAUCGCAUGCCAGUAAUGGAAUACAAAAUGAAUGAUGGCGGAGUUCCAUACGAGUUCAAAUUCCCAUUCAGAAAUAAUAACAAGUGGCAGAGAAAUGCUAACAAGGGGCAAGCAUCUCAUGUUCAGCAAAUGCCAUCACAGACGCAAAGUCCAAUUCCCACUAGAGUUGCCUCAGGGAAAGGUGAAGGAAAAAUGCCUCCUCCAGAUCGGGCCGCCAACAUUCCACGUAGUAUUUCUAGUGAUGGCCGUCCACUGGAGAGUAGAAGAUUAUCUCCUGGUUCUGAUGUCUAUGUCACAGUGUCCUCCAUUGCCUUAGCAAGAUCACAGCAGUGUCGUAAUUCUCCAAGCAAUUUAUCAUCCUCAAGUGAAACUGGCUCUGGUGGAGGGACAUACAGGCAAAAAUCUAUGCCUGAAGGAUUUGGAAUGAGUAGAAGAUCUCCUGCCUCCAUUGAUAGGCAGAACACAGAUACCAGCGGCAGUGGCAAAUCUACCCCAAGUUGGCAGAGAAGUGAGGAUAGUAUUGUUGAUCAGAUGGAAGCAACAUGCCAUCUGCCUGCAAUGUCCAAAAUGCUGCCAUCCUUCAGAGAAAGUCCAACAGGAAGGUUGAUGAGGCAGGAUCCAGUAGUUCACCUAUCUCCAAAUAAGCAGGGUCAUUCUGACAGCCACUACUCCAGCCACUCAAGCAGUAAUACGCUAUCUAGCAACGCUUCCAGUGUUCAUAGUGAUGAGAAAUGGUAUGACAGUGGAGAUAGGACUGAAUCAGAGCUGAAUAGUUACAACUACCUUCAAGGCACUUCUGCUGAUAGUGGCAUCGAUACCACUUCAUACGGUCCCAGCCAUAGUAGUUCAACCUCUCUGGGCAACUCGGCAACAUCUCCCCGAUCAGGACUUAUAAAAGAAAAAGUGGCAUCACUUUGGCACAGUUCCAGUGAAAUGGUCUCCAUUGCAGAUCGGACUUUAGAGAAAGACAGCCACAUGAUGGACAGAAAAACAGAAUCUUCAUUGAGCUUGGACAUCCAUACCAAAAGUCAACCAGCCUCCAAUCCUUUAACAAGAGAAAACAGUGCUUUUAGCCUGAGUGAUGCUGGUUCCCAUUCAAGUACCAUGGGCUCCCGACAUUCUGCCAGCUCCAUUGUUUUCACCAGUGCCAGAAGUUCACCUAAAGAAGAGCUUCAUUCUGCCACUUCCCCACAGUUAGCACCUUCUUUCUCCUCUUCUUCCUCCUCUUCUGGUCCUAGAACUUUCUACCCACGUCAGGGUGCUACUAGCAAGUACCUGAUUGGAUGGAAAAAACCUGAAGGGACAAUAAACUCUGUGGGGUUUAUGGAUUCAAGAAAACGACAUCAGAGUGAUGGUAAUGAAAUGGCACAUCCUAGGUUGCGUGCAUCAGCCAGAGAUCUUCGAGCCUCACCAAAGAGAGCAUCUAAAUCAAAUAUUGAAGAAGAGUUGAAGAAGCUAAUAGAUCUGGACAGCCCAACACCCGACUCUCAGAAAAACUUUAAGUCUCCAUUCCCUAGCACUCCUAUUUCAAGGCGUGCCUUGCAGCGAACUCUGUCAGAUGAGAGUAUUUAUAGCAGUCAAAGAGAACAUUUCUUCCCCUCCCGAGCUUCCCUUCUGGACCAAGCUCUUCCAAACGAUGUCCUUUUCACCAGUACAUACCCAUCUCUCCCCAAAUCAUUACCACUAAGAAGGCCAUCAUACACAUUGGGAAUGAAAUCCUUACAUGGAGAGUUCUCUGCCUCUGACAGCUCCCUCACAGAUACCCAGGAGCAGAGAAGGCAACCGAUGCCAGAUCCAGGGCUCAUGCCCUUGCCUGAUUCAGCUUCAGAUUUAGAUUGGUCAAAUUUGGUAGAUGCUGCCAAAGCCUUUGAAGUCCAGCGAGCAUCCUUUUUUGCAAGUGGUGAUGAAAACCAUAGGCCCAUCAGUGUUGCCUCAAGUAAUGAUCAGGCUGAAGAUCAGCUUGCUGCACAGAUGAAGCCUUACGCUGAUAAAGAAUCACCUCCUUCUCUUGCUUCUAAAGUGAACCAGCUGGAGAGUAUGCUAAGAAUAUUACAGGAAGAUUUAAAGAAGGAAAAAGAAGACAAAGCCAAUCUUCAGGCUGAAGUGCAACAUUUACGAGAGGAUAACUUACGAUUACAAGAGGAAUCGCACAAUGCCUCUGAAAAACUGAAGAAAUUCACUGAAUGGGUUUUCAACACAAUCGAUAUGAGUUAAUAGCACAUAUGAAACGAAACACAUUGGCAAAAAAUAUCUCUGGAGUGGGCCUGAGCUUUAACACCAUCCUAAAUUAUACAAACCCAGUCAGAGCACUUUCAUAUGUUUCAUAUUAGGGGUACCUUUUUUUGGUUUUCCUUUAUUUCAUUUUAACAUAUCUGCAAGCACCCAGAAUUACUGCAGAUCAACUAUCAGUGAAUGCCUUUUAUAGGAAAAGAAGAAAAAAUAAUAAUUUUAAAGGAAAUAAAAAUUUAACUACUAAAAUGUGAAUGUCUUUAGAUUUUUUGCACAUUUUCUUUACCUGUUCUGUAUAAAAUUACUUGGACUAGAAUAACUGUCCAUUUGCCUCUAAUUCUAUUCAUUACUUUGUAUAAGUUUCAGAUUAAUCCGCUUCAUUCUCGCUACUUUAGUAAAUAUUUCAGCAAGACUUUUCCCCCCAAUGCUUCCUUUCCAUCAUUUUGAAUAUACUACAGGCAAGAGAGGUUGUUAACUGUCUUGCGUGUCUCUUAAGAAUGCUAUCUCCACACCUGUUGUAUAGAAUCAUUGCCCAAAGAAUAUCAGAAUGUGCAUACACAUCCAUGUGUGUAUAAAGUGUAGCUAGCACAAAGCUAUGGAUAUGUCAAACUAUCCACUUAUUUUUUGCACAUCUAUAUAAAUUUGAUGCUCCCAAACGAAACUGCUUGAGAUAAACAUUGCAAAGUAGAUAUAUUAAAUGCAUAUUUCUUCUCUGGAAAAGAGAAAAAAAUGCUAUUAUUGUAAGAAUUAUUCUGUCUUUUACCAGCCAUGAAUAUUUCUUUCAGUGGUCCCUUCUAAUGAUUGAAUUAAUUUUUCAUAAAUACUUAAUUCCUGCUGUCUAAGAAAUUAUUGAUAGCUUUCCGUGGCUGCUAGAAUUCUCUCUUAGCACCUUUACUUAUAUAGAGAUUUUUUUAUAUAUGUGCACACACAGAUUAAGAAGUUAAAAAUGCAAAUCUAUAUCUUUUACUCCGUUGGCAUAAAUAUGGCAUAAAUUAAUUUUCAGUAGUUUUCCAGCUAUUGCCUCAAAUAAAAUCAUAAUUGGACAACUGUUACUAAAACAUGCAAAGUUCCUUCCUUCCUUCCUUCCUUCCUUCUUUCCUUCCUUCCUUCCUUCCUUCCAAAUUUAUUUUGAUUAUCAUAUUAUGGAUUUUUCAGUAAAACUGGCUAUUGUUAAGUAUGUGUGGUGGGAGGCUAACUUACCAUAAAAUGUCACACCUGCAGGACUCUUCAAUAUUAGGGUGGGGAGGGAAAAGUGUGUAUACUGCAGCCUGCUAAACAUUGUUUCAAGUGACAUAUGGUGAAUUUUAGUUUGUGAUCUCCACUGCAUGCAACUGUGAUAAUGCUCCUUGCACAUUUCCACACUUGGUAAGAACAGCCCAUACCUGUCAGCUUCCUAAAUUACUUUUUCCUUUGUUCCAGCUACCAUGCUUUGCUGGAAAUAUUCUUAACCGCUGCCAUUGAGUCUUCCUAUCCUUCUUUGAUAUGCAUUUUCAUAAUUCUUAAUAAUUGUACAAAUCCACAUGGUUUGCUUUGACUUAAAGCUUAAUGUGUGGUGAUCAUCCCAUUGGGAUGUAUUUCUGAUUAUAUCUGGGCCAUCAAAGAGGAUUGAUUUGAAAGUAUUUCUGGAGUGCUUCUGGAGAAUAUAUUUAAGUUGGGUCCGUCCUCCCCCACCCCCCCAAGUAACUUGUAUGAAGGAGAUCUCUAUAAUGCCUGAGGAAAUUUGUAAAUGGGAAAUAUUGCUAACAACUCUUAAGAUCCUGACUUUUUUUUCUGUUCUCUAGUUUGUUUGUUUUUUAAUAUUGGGACUUGGGGCAGACUAUUUAUUAGAGUUUUGCAACAGAGUUCUUGUAUGAAGCCUCUAAAUGGCUACUUGUAAAAAAAAUUCUGACAAUAAAAUUCAUUUUAAAAG